AAUAUAAUGAUUGAUUUUUCUUCUUCUUAUCACGCAAAAUACCUUAAAGUAAAGUACUCUCGUACUUACAUCUCUAUCUACCCCAACCCCCCUUAAAUACCCACCUUUUCCUACAUCGUUUUUGCAAAUAAAAUAAAAUAAAAUAAAAAUCUACUUUUAUAUAUCUCCCUUUUUUGUUCUUAGAAAUGUCCAUAAACCAUAUUUCUUCAUAACAUUUUGGUGGACCAAAAAACAACAAUCUUCAAUCCCAAAUAUGUUUGAGUUUAACCUUAACAACAACAUGAGCAACAAUACUCAUAAUGAACAUGAUGAUGAGCUAGGACAAAGUGAAGACAAAUUGGAAGAAAUUCCAAGAGAUCAUUUGUUUGAGAAACCAUUAACUCCAAGUGAUGUUGGAAAGCUUAACAGGUUAGUAAUCCCUAAACAGCACGCUGAGAAGUAUUUUCCUCUCAGCGGUAAUAAUAAUAAUAAUACUAAUAAUAACGAUGGCGGUACUGAAAAGGGAUUAUUACUGAGUUUCGAAGAUGAGUCAGGAAAAUCAUGGAGAUUUCGAUAUUCUUAUUGGAAUAGUAGCCAGAGCUAUGUAUUGACUAAAGGUUGGAGCCGUUUUGUCAAGGAAAAACGUCUUGAUGCUGGUGAUAUUGUUUUGUUUGACCGACACCGGUCAGAAUCUGACCGGUUAUUUAUAGGGUGGAGGCGGAGAAAUACUGUCUCCGCCUCCACCUCCAUCUCCACUCCUGCUGCAGUUCAUAACACUGCAGCAGCGGCGGUGACUCGAAAUAUGGGUGGUGGUGGAGGUGGAGGUGGGUGGGCCCACGUAUACUACGGUGGGCAUCCUUAUCCAAGCGCAGGUGCAGGUCUUCUAUACCAACCUGACUGUCUUCAUGCAGGGGGAGGAGCAAUGCCGAACCAAACAACAAGUGUGAACAAUAACACAAGAAGACACGUGAGGUUGUUUGGGGUUAACUUGGAAUGUGAGGCCGAUGAUUCAUCGUGGUCGGAGCCACCCCCGACUCCAGAUGGUGGUGGCUCUUCUACAUCGAGCCACAACCAGGAUCAUGGUCGGAGUCAGGAUCAAGCUAGCCAACACUAUUAUCAAUACCAAUUUCAGUAUUCAAAGCCUCAUGUUACUGUUUCAGCUGCUGCUUCUUCCUAUAAUAAUAACCAUCACAAUCACAAGGAUAUGAGUUUCUCAAGAGAUGUCAACCAGAUGAGAUAUCACCAGGGAUAAGAUCUGUAGAUUUGACUACCAGGAUUGUCUAUUACAGGCACUUGGAAUUUAUUUUUAUUUUUUUCUUUAAAAAAUAUUCUUGAAAAAAUAGGAAAAGAAAAUCCCAAAAGGGUAAAAAUCCCAGAUUUUCUGGCAACUUUCUCCCCCUAGAAAAAGGUAGUAUAUAUCAUAAAACUUUUAACACCUAUUCCAAGUCCAGAGGGAAUUGAUAGAAUGAAAAUAUUGGAGGUGAAGCUUUGAAAGAGACUUUAGGGUGUCUGUGGGCCCAUCAGAUUAUAGCCUGAGCAGAUGGAGGAAUAUAUAUAUGGUCAAUGUACAUUCUAUCCUUUACGAACCCCACUUGUGCGAUUUCGCUGGAUAUGUUACUGUGGAGAUUCUGCCUGAAGAUUUUUGUGAGGGGCUUUCAUCCUAAUCAUGACAAUUGACCAAAACUGAAGGAUAGUAAUAGUAAGACGAAGAAGAAAGAUGGUUCUUUUACCAAAGUGGUGAUGGUAAUGGUAGUGGGUGGUGGACUUGUCUUGUUAUUGGUGAUAAGAUGGAGGUCUGUCACAACCCAUUAGUCAUUUAGGAGGACAAAAAAUAUCUUCUUUGCCAACUCUUGAAAGGCAACUAACAGUUUUAACUGCUUUUCUUUCACAUGUUGAUGCAAUGGCAUAAUACUUUUUGUUCAACAGUAGUAGUAGUAGUAUGUAUAUGUACAUUGUACUUUUUGUGUUUUCAUGAUUCAUAUGAAAAUCUGAUGAAAAGACUCAUCAAUCUUACCUGUGUGAA